AUGGGAAUUUCCACUGAAGGGACCUGUGUUAACUGCAGUAAUUAUCAGGAGACAAGAAAUCACCUUUUAUGUCAAUGCUCUCUUGUUGUUCGACUUUGGAGCUCUGUCCUAUUGCUUAAUGGCUUGAAGAAUGCUUCAUCUUCAUGGGAAGAAAUGGUUACUCGGGCUUCUUCAUCUUGGAAAGGGAAAUCAUUGCUCACCACAAUCCUGAAGAUUGCUUGGACUGCCUAUAUCUACACAUUGUGGGAGGAAAGGAAUCGUAGAAUCUUCCAAGGUCGUCACAGAUCAACUGAAGAAUUGCUCAAGGUUAUUAUUGAAGCUGUGCGAAUUCAACUAAAGGGUAAAAAUAUUAAUAGAGCUGAUAGAAUAAACUCUAACCUUUGUAUUAAUUGGGGUAUUACUUAA